AUGAAGAGCAAGCCGCGCGUGAAAGAUACAUGGGAGUCAGAGCUCGGUUAUGGGUGGUCACGUAAUGGCCAGCGGCGAUGUAGGCACCGGCCAGAAUCCACGAUGUCUGUUAGUAGUGAUAUUAGGUUCACUCGUCGCAAAUUGAGCCGACCUUGCAGAGGAUGCUGUGCGGCCAUCGCUGCCCUACUUGUGUUAUUGUUACUCGCCGCUGUCGCCGUCUACCUCGGACAUAUGUACCUUUUUGGAGACCCGUUGAACCGGCAAGCGUUCAAGGGUUCGUUUAUAGUAUCUUCCUGGAGUUCAAAAGAGGAUUUAUCAAUGAAUUUAGCUGACAAUAGCACUCGAGAAUCAGAGUUACAGCAAAUAUUAUCUGAUGUGUACAGCCAGUCUGAGCUACGAUCAUGCUUUGUGGGUGCGGACAUAUUGGCGUUAGAUAAUGCAGAUGAAGGAACUCGAGUCCACUUUGAGGUGUCAUUUGAGCCGAUUUUUACAGCGGUUAGUACACCUGCGGUCAUCGACGUUAUGGCACAGGCUCUACUUACACCUUACUUCACUGGUCUGGGUGCAGUUCCUGAUACAUUACAUAUAGAAGAAAGCUCGGUGAUAUCAUCCGAAGCGCUCAAAGAAAGUGAAACCACAACAACCGAGGCGGCAACAACUGAGACCUUAUUAGAAGUGGAAGAGGAGUUGCGAGAGUGUUCACAAUUGGCGUUAUCACUUUGCUCGCAUUUACCAUACAACAUAACAACCUAUCCAAAUCUAGUCGGUCACGCGUCCAAGGACGUUUUGUUGCGUGACCUCGUUGCAUUCAGGGAACUAUUAGAUGCGGAGUGUUCUUAUCUUGCGCAGGACUUUGUGUGCCAAAUGCUACAGCCUCGAUGUGAGGAGAGACACUUAGUCUACCCGUGUCGCGCAUAUUGUCGCGCCUUCCACGCGGGUUGCGGCGAACGACUCCCCGACCGUUUGCGACCACAUUUUGACUGUUCUCGCUUUCCUGACUACCACGGCCCUGGCUCGUGUGCGCCAGAACCAGAUUGUCGCGGAGGCCUGCAGCGGCUUGCUCUAUCAAGACGUGCGUGCGACGGAAUACCAGAUUGCACGGAUGCUGCUGAUGAACGCAGUUGUUCUCACUGCGCAGCCGCCGGUACCGACAGCAUUCGAUGUGCGCUCAAUGCUAGGUGCCUACCGCCACAUUUGCGCUGCGAUGGUACACCUGAUUGCGCUGACGGUAGCGAUGAAAGUGGAUGUUUGUGGGUAUCUCGAUCAUUAGCCGCUUGGAAAAGGGAGAAUGGCGAGACAACAAUGGGAGCGGUAAGAACUCGGGUCGGUUACGCCGUGUGGGCAGAAAGGGGACGAUUCGGAAAGAUCUGUGCUACGCCGUAUGAGAAUGACAAAAGAGCCCUAAUGAGCGUCGCAACAUCAUUAUGCACUGCUCUUACUUACAAAUCAGCAAUUACUGCAGAAGCUGUCCCUGAUGCCGAAGGGGAUUCUGAAGACGAUCUGGAAAAUAAAAUCAAACCGGAGUACGUGGAAAUAGUCAACCCUGCUGCGGCUGAAAUUUCAUUUAUCAAAACUGAGUGCCCAGAGAGAAAAGUCAUAAAAAUUGUCUGUGACCAAUUAGAAUGUGGUGUACCAUCAGCGCGAGGAUUAAAUGCAGUUAAAGGAGUUGAGGGUUUAUCAAGAUCAGCGCACCCUGGCGACUGGCCGUGGCAUGCCGCACUACUUAGGUCCCACGUUCAUGCCUGUGAUGCUGUCCUUGUACAUUCAUUAUGGCUUAUUACUACUGCAUCUUGUUUUCAGGGACAACCAAAGGCUGAGUGGACAGCAAGAUUAGGAACUGUGCGCAUUCAGAGCACGUCACCAUGGCAACAAGAACGACGAAUUGUUGGGAUGAUUCGUUCACCAGUUGAAGGCAGUAUGUUGGCAUUGGUUCGACUAGAAGAACCUGUGGAAAUGACUGACUUUGUCAGACCAGCUUGUUUACCCGAAAACGGUUUCCACGCACACAAUCAAAGUGUUUGUAACACUCUCGGUUGGACAAGAAAUAGAGACCAAUUACAAAGAGUGCAUGUUGUAACAACUUCUAUGAAUACUUGCGAAAAUGUUAGCAUAGCUACUGGAAAUGGAAUUUGUGCUGAGCCGCUGUACGAUCAAGAUGAUUGCGAUGAAGAGGAGUAUGCCGGGAGUUCAAUGAUGUGUUUUGAUGAGAAAUCUAAACAUUGGUCGCUGUUAGCAUUCGCUCGGGGAAAAUUGGUCCUUAGGAAGCCACGCUGGGCCAGAAUUUAUGAUGCUGUUACAUCACAUGUUGAUUGGAUUCAGAAGACUAUAUUAAACUCUUCCAGAUGA